GUUAGCAUAGUUGUACUGUGUUUUAUAGUUUGGAGACUCAAUUUUGCCCAAGUGUGUUGGAAAGUUUUUUUUUUUUAAGUAUAUCAGUAGUUCAGUGGUUUGAACUCAGAGGGACGCUGUUGGUUAGUGUGUUGCAGUUCCAUAGCAAAUGUGUCGCCGUCCUUCCCCCAUCAUCUCGAUAUAUUAGACAGAGACAGAGCGGCACACAGAGCGCACAGUCCGGUUUACAGAGAACACUAAUACUAAGAUACAGAGCUGCCAUUCUCUUGUUCCAAAAUGGUUUAUUGUUGAGUCGUUUACCUUUGAUGUUUUGAACUAGAAACGAAUGCAAUAUUACUGACUUCUUUACGGAUUUUAUAACCUGCUUGUUGUUUCAUGGUGAAGUGAAAAUAUCGGAUAGAACAAUGACACGGCAAGUACUGUUGUUUAUCUCGAUCCUCUCUCUCAGUUCAGUGAACGGGCAGGUCAGUUACUCCAUUCCGGAGGAAAUGGCGACAGGCUCUUUAGUCGGUAACAUAGCGCAGGAUUUGGGUUUAGAUAUCAAAAGACUGAAAUCAGGUAAAGCUCGUAUUUAUACAGGAGACAGCGCAGAAUACAUCGAGUUGAAUAAAGAAAGGGGAGUUCUCCUUAUCAGAGAGAAAAUAGACCGUGAAGCGCUCUGCGGACAGACUACACCUUGUGCACUAGAUUUCCAGAUCAUUCUGGAGAACCCGAUGGAAUUUUAUAGCAUCACAAUUGAGGUAACCGAUGUAAACGAUAAUGCACCUGUUUUCAUAAAGAGUGAAAUGAAAUUCAGAAUUAGUGAGUCGGCCGUUACUGGUGCAAGAUUUGCGCUAGAGAGGGCGAUGGAUCUGGAUGUUGAUAUUAAUGGCCUCCAAAGUUAUUCACUAAAACCGACCGAUAAUUUCAUCCUGAAACUACAAAACCAACCUGAUGGCGGAAAGACAGUGGAAAUGGUUUUACAGAAACCUUUAGAUCGAGAGAAACAAGAGCAUUUGUCUUUGAUAUUAACCGCAAUAGAUGGAGGUGAGCCUCAGAUGUCUGGAACAGUGCAGAUUCAUAUUACUGUACUAGACGCCAAUGAUAAUGCACCUGUUUUUACACAGGGAAUCUACAAGGCUACCCUAAGAGAGAACUCACCAAAGGGCACAGUUUUAAUUUCUGUCAGUGCGUCUGAUUCUGAUCAAGGUUCCAAUAGUAAAAUACGUUAUUCGAUUUCGAAUUCACAGGAUGGUAAUCACGAAUUGUUUGAAAUAAAUGAGGAUGACGGUGGGGUAAGAUUAGUAGGAAAUAUUGAUUAUGAAAAGGCACGACAAUAUCAAAUACAUGUACAGGCCAGUGAUGAUGGAGGCCUCACCGAUUCUUGUAAAAUCAUGGUCCACGUCGUUGAUGAAAAUGAUAACAAACCAGCUAUUAAUGUGAUGUCGAAGUCUAGUGUUAUAUCAGAGGACAUUAAAGCUGGUACUGUUGUGACAAUGAUAAACAUUCAAGAUCCAGACUCAGGUGAAAAUGGCAAUGUCCAGUGCGCGAUAAACGAAAACAUUCCCUUUAUAAUGAAAUCGACAUCUGUUAAUUUCUUUACUGUAGUAACAGACGGCGAAUUGGACCGAGAGAGAGCUUCUGAGUAUAACAUCAGUGUGACGUGCUCUGAUGAGGGCGUGCCCUCGCUCUCCAGCAGCGUCACUCUCACCUUACAGAUAUCAGAUGUGAAUGACAACGCUCCUGUCUUUGAGAGGAGCUCAUAUGAGGCCUACAUUAUAGAAAACAACACACCGGGCCUCUCUAUAUUCACAGUGAAAGCCAGAGACGCUGACUGGAACCAGAAUGCCCGUGUUUCUUACAUACUGGAGGACUCCUCGGUUAACGGAGUGCCCAUCUCCUCAUAUGUGUCCGUUAGUGCUGAUAGUGGAGUCAUCCAAGCAUUGCGCUCUUUUGACUACGAGCAGAUCAAGGAUUUCCGGUUCCGCGUAAAAGCGCAGGAUGGAGGCUCCCCUCCACUCAGUAGCAAUGUGACUGUGAAAAUAAUGAUCCAGGACCAGAACGACAACGCACCUCAGGUUCUGUACCCAGUCCAGACUAGCAGCUCUCUGGUGGCUGAAAUGGUACCUCGUUCAGCAGAUGUGGGCUAUCUUGUCACUAAAGUGGUGGCUGUUGAUAUGGACUCUGGACAGAAUGCCUGGCUCUCUUAUAAACUGCAGAAAGCGACAGACAGGGCGCUAUUUGAAGUGGGCUUACAGAAUGGAGAAAUAAGAACUAUACGCCAAGUCACUGAUAAAGAUGUUGUGAAACAAAGGCUCACUGUUGUAGUGGAGGACAAUGGGCAGCCCUCUCGUUCAGCUACAGUCAAUGUUAACGUGGCAGUGGCGGACAGCUUCCCUGAAGUGCUCUCGGAGUUCACUGACUUUAAGCACGACAAGGAGUACAAUGACAACCUGACUUUUUACUUAGUCUUGGCUCUGGCUGUAGUCUCUUUUUUCUUUAUUGUGUCCAUCAUAGCCAUCCUGUCAGUGAAAUGCUACAGAUGGAGACGUGAGCGCAUGUUUUACAAAUCCAACGGAAAUCUCCCAGUUAUUCCGUAUUACCCGCCCCUUUACGCAGACGUAGGUGGCACUGGGACACUGAGACACGUAUAUAAUUACGAGGUAUGUGGAACAGCUGACUCCGGAAAGAGUGAUUUGAAAUACGUCAGACCUUACAGUCAGAGCAUCAUUAGUCUGGACGGAACUCAGACUCUCCCCCACGCGCAGAGGGACACACUGAUCAAUGAUAAUGGGGAUAACCAGGUGAGCAUGAACAAUCGGCUCUCAUAACCUCAGAAUAUUA